AUGAGCAUUACACUGUGGAACUGGCCGAGUUAUUAUUUCCUCGGUUUGGACCUGAACGUGUACGACAGUUCCCAAUUUUCUGAAAUUCAAGGAAUUGAAGAGGGUCUUCAUCUUAUUACUUGGGCUCGUCGUGACAUUGCAGGACUUGUAAGUGGUGCUGUUGUGUCUUUUGAAGACCGGACGAAUUUACUGUUGAAAUUUGAUGAAAGAAGUGAAUCAGUUGAAUUGGAGUUUGUGGACGGUAUUGUGGCUACCAACGGGCCGACGCAACAAGGAAGAGCAAAAGAUUCAGCAAAAGCACGAACGAUCCCGUUUCGUCCAUCAACUGAUUGGAACAGACUGUCACGAUUUAUUUCCUUGGAACUGCUGGGACGGUUAUUUUCUAAAAGCUCAAAAAAUGGUCCGGCUGGCUCCGCCUUUCUUAUAGACACAUCAACCUAUUCCAACACGGAUCAGGCCUCAAGUGCUGCGGAACAGUUGCCAAUAAUGCAGCCGGGAAAGGACGACUUUGUUUUACAUAUAGGGCACGAACGGUCCAUCCAAGCAUAUGAUAAGUCAUUUCUAUUUCAACGUCUUGUUCACACUUCAUGGAAUAAUGACUCUACAAAUGCUCUGGGUGAGUUCAGUCUGGCUUUCUUGUUGUACCUGGAAUUAUCUCAUUACGGUUCAUACCUGCAGUGGCACAAUCUUAUACGACUGAUCCUUCAAUCGUACCAAUACGCUCGUGAGGAGGCAGAGUACUUUACUACGUUCUUGUACCUUCUUCGUUCUCAGCUGGAAUAUAUGAACGACAAGCACUCGACAAAGGAGUUGCUACCGGAUGAAGGCAUCUUUGCUCAGUUAUUCGAGCAAUUGCACGAAGAGCAAUCUGAAGAAUCAUUCGCUCCGGCUGUCUACACAGCCAUUCGAGCCCUGGAGGAAUCCAUAAGAGACAAUGUCUCGCAUCCAAAAAGCACUGCACAAACUUCGGCUGCUCAAUCCACGCCUACUUUUUCAGAAAUGUUUGACGAGGGCAACGAGGCCGAGCUGUAUGAAAUGGAACAUCAUGAGACGGUCUCUAGUGUUAUCGAACCGAAUGAAAAUACUAAACACACCUUGAAUGAAAGUAAUUGA